UAAGUAAUUUACUUGACUGCUAUUACAGAGAUUAUUUUUAGAUAAAUUUUGAAGUAUUCUUUAUAGUGAAAAUUUAACUUGACACUUAAGUAUAAAAAGAUGGUCUGUUUCUAACCAAAUCAUCAGUUGCAUCCUACUCAUACCCUGCGCACAUUCUAAAUUUUUAACAUGGCCUUCCAUUACAUUUUUGUAUUCAGUGCUCUAGUGGUCCUGGCUAACGGAUCUUAUGCACCUUCUGGACCCGCUGUCGGAGGACCCCUUCCCACUCCUGGCGGUGUUUUGCCAGGAGCCCCGGUAGUUGGAGCCCCGCGUCCAGUGGUUUCCCAGCCACAGCUUCCAGCCACCAGUCCUGUCUUACCCAUCGCCCCAGUCGGAGGACCAGGACGAGUUUCGGGCUACGGCGUUGCGGGACCACGUUCUUAUGGUGGUUCUCCGCGCAUACCUAUUGGUGCUCCCAUUAGUCGUCCUAUUGGUGGACCAAUCGCCGGCCCUAUUGGGGGACCGAUCACAGUUCCAGUUGGAGGACCCAUUAAUGGUGGACUCACUAGUGUUCCCCCAAGCAGACCUAUUGUUCGUCCGGUUGGAGGACCAAUUACUACUCCUCUUGGUGGACCCAUUGUUCGUCCUGUAAGCGGUCCCAUCACAGCUCCUAUUGGCAGCCCAAUCUCUGUUCCCGUUGGUGGACCCAAUGUUCGUCCAGUUAAUGGAAACGGCCGCCCAUUUGGUUGCAUUCGUAAACCAUAUUAAUACUUUCAAGGGACCAUCAGCCAUCAUAUCAUUUUUCAAUACUAUUCGUUUCUAAAAAUUAUUUAAUCAGCAAAUAAAA